CAGAAGGUUCUCAGGAGCUCUCAGACUCAGGGAAGCGGCCGCACUAGAUCUAGUAUUUUGUGAUAACUGAGAACACAUCGCUAGUAUUUUGUGCCUAACUCGGAACACAUCACACAGCCACCGACCAUUGACUGGAGCGGCCUUAGUGGAAGAAGGUUCUAACUCGGAGUGUUUCAUUUUGUUUACAGAGUGUCUGUCUGUGGCAUUCACAAUUCUUCGGCCAGUUAUUCAGAUACCCCAGUUUCCAAGGACUGACCAGCCACAGACCUCUGUGUCCGAGAACUGACCACCCACAGACCCCGUGCCCGAACAUUGACCACCCACAAUUCUCCAUAUCCCGUGUCCGCGGAGUGACCAGACACAAUUCUCCACUCCCUCGCCAUCUCCGGUGUAGAGGCGCGUCCUGCCAGACUCUCCCUCCCCAAACAAACCUCCUCUCCCUCAGCCGCCACCGCCUCCUCCUACCCCUUCUCCCCCUCCUUCUCCCCCUCCUUCUCCCCCUCCUCCACCUCCUUCUUCUUCUUCUCCUCCUCCUCCUCCUUCACUCCUCCCUCCUACACCCCCUCCUUUUCACGCCCUUCGAAACACCCCCGAAAAAGAGCCGACCUCAACAACAGCAGAGACUGUGGCGACGACGACAAGUUUCACAACUGCAACAACUUCAACAACUCGACGUUUCACAAAAACGACAAGGAACUCACCCCGGGAGAUCCCUCGCACUCACAGUACUCACACUCACAGUACUCACACUCACAGUACUCACACUCACACAAAAUGUCGGGUGAGAAACAGCCUCCCCGUGAGUACAUCGAGAUGGGCCCGGGCGGCGCUGCUCCCCCCUUGGAGCCACCGAGCAAUGGGCGCCCCGUGGAAGUGAAGCUUGACGACACCCCGGAGAGAGAGUACUGGACGGGCAAGAUCGAGUUUGUGCUGGCCUGUGUGGGCCAGUGUAUCGGAUUCGGCAACGUCUGGCGCUUCCCUUACCUCUGUUACAAGAACGGCGGAGGUGCCUUCCUGAUUCCGUUCAUCACCACAGCGGUGUUUGCCGGGAUCCCAAUGUACUUCAUGGAGCUUGCCCUGGGUCAGUGGCUCAGUGUGGGCGGUCUGGGCAUCUGGAAGAUCGCGCCCAUCUGGAAGGGUGUCGGGUACGCGGCGGCCAUCAUGGCUUUCUGGCUGAACACGUACUACAUCGUGAUCCUAGCCUGGACCGUGUUCUAUCUGGUCCACUCGUUCACCGCCGUGCUGCCCUGGGCCGAGUGUGGUCACGCCUGGAACACGCCACGGUGUAUGAAUGUCUUCCAGAGGGACAAGCUGCCCUUCAACUGCACCAACGGGACUACGUGGUUUGAUGUCAAUGUGACGUCAUCGCUCAACGCCAGCGUCAUCCGGUCCAUAUACCCAGACUUCAACUGUACCCAGGAUUAUGACGGACACAAGUUUGUCUCCCCUGUAGAAGAGUUCUGGUAGUCUACGUAACAGCCAUCUUCCCAUACAUCCUGCUGAGCAUCCUACUGAUCAGAGGCGUCACUCUUCCGGGGGCAGGGGAGGGAAUCCGCUUCUACAUCACCCCCAACAUACAGAAGCUGGGCGAGUCUGCGGUGUGGGUGGACGCGGCCUCCCAGAUCCUCUUCUCCUACGGCAUCGGGCUGGGCACGGGCGUGGCCUUAGGGAGCUACAAUAAGUACCACAACAAUGUCUACAAGUGAGAUGUUCUCAUAGAUUUUGCCGUGAAACAUUUACAUAAACUAAACACCAGAACAUCUGAAACAAGACAGAAUAAACAUGAAAUAGAACAAGUAAGAAGCUUCAUAUACACAUCAAUCUUAUCUUAUCUUAUCUUAUCUGAUCUUAACCCUCCCGUUUCUCCCCGGACAGGCCCCGGCCUAGCCUUCCUGGCCUAUCCCAGCGCGGUGACCCAGCUGCCCAUCUCUCCGCUCUGGGCCAUCCUCUUCUUCCUUAUGCUUCUCAUGCUGGGCAUGGACAGUCAGUUCUGCACCAUGGAGGGUUUCUUCACCGCCAUCAUUGAUGAGUUCCCCCGCACCCUGCGCAAACACCGAGAGCUCUUCAUCGCCGGAGUCUGUCUUGUCUCUUACCUCAUCGGGCUCUCCAUGGUCACAGAGGUAGGUGGGAGUGUUCAUUUACCUCUAUGUUUCUAUGUCCUCAGAGUGUAUUCAACUUUGACCUCGUGUGACCCCGUGUUUCUAUGUCCCCAGGGUGUUGUCCUGUUUAGCGCGUCGACCUUCACCCCUGUGACGUACGUGGGCUACAAAUUCCCCUCCUGGGCACACGCCAUCGGGGGCGUCCUGGGCCUAUCCUCCAUCAUCUCCAUCCCCGCCUACAUGGUCUUCAAGUUCCUGAGUACUCCGGGAGCCUGGAGACACCGCGUGAAGGUCUUGUUCCGGCCGGACACCCCGUUUGACAGGAGCACCUACCCGCCGCCCUACUCCACCAUCCCGAGGACUGUCGGUGACGGUGUGGUCCGCCUGUGAGAGAGACGUAUGACGUCAUCACUCCGUGAGCUUCCAGCAGUCUGCAGACCUGACCGAACAACGGGGUUAAGCGGGGAUAACUCUAAGAGUCUUGUCUUCCUUAGAAAACAAAAUGGCGUGGCGUGAUGACAGGAAGUGACGAAUUUCGAAGUGGAGGGACUGAGUUGAUCUUUUAUGGAAAAAGAAGGUCAUUUAACAAACUGGUUGUAUUAAUUUUUUAUUAAGACUGCACAAGGUCAAAGCAGGAAGUGUGUGUUGGGGGAAAGGGAAAGGAGGGUAUUUGUUAUAAUACCUUAGCUUCCCACUUACAGGAAGUGACGAAUUUUGAAGUCGAGGGGAGUGGAUCUUUGAUGGAAGAAGAAGAUCAUGAAACAAACUGGUUGAAUUAAUUAAGACUGCACAAUGUUAAGGCAGGGAGUGUGUGUUGAGGUGAGGGGGGGGGGGGUAUGUGUUAUAACACCAUAGCUUCCUACUUACUCUGUAAAACGUUUUAACAGUAAAUGCAUCCCCCAUCACGUUUUUGGAGCCGAUCUUGUAAGAAAGGAGUCUCGAGAAAAAGAACACAGCUCAAAGGGAGACAACUAGAUCUAGAUCUGCUGCCGUCUUUUAGAACAUGGGUGGUCUCUCGUUCAGGUCGCACUCAAACCUUGCACACAAAUCUUUUUGAUAUUUUCGUAAAUAAUUUAUCACCUUUGUUUUGUUUUGGUUUAUGUUUUGCUUUUACAAAAAUGAAAUCCAGUGCAGUAUGUGCUUGUUUGAAAUGUGCCUGUUUGUUAGUCAGUUUGUUUGCUCGUUUGU